ACGCCAUCUUUUUCUCUCUCUCUUUCACUCCUCUUCCUUCCUCUUCGCUUCGGGGUUUAGCGGCGAUCAGAUCGAGAAAGCGAAGAGAGGUCGAGGAGUCGCCGGUGGGGAAGGCGAGCGAACGGAUCAGGUUUGGCUUCAUCCUUUAUGUCGUCUGGAGCCACCGAACUAUUCUCGUUCGCCUCCGGAAAGCUCGAAGCGUUGGAUCGGUAUCAUCUCGUUGCCUGUUGGAUCACCGGAGUUUUCGCCAUUUUAUUCUUCCUCGUCUGUUCUCUUGAGGCGAAGAAAACAGACUCGAUGCGAUAUUCCAGGGUAGGAUUUGGAGUGAAGUACUUUGGAUUUCAGCAUUUAGAUCGGUGUCUUUUUUUGUUAAUCUUCUCAAGAGGAGCUUUCACUUGACUAAGAGAUCGGGUUACCAUUUUGAUCGGAUUUUUCUAUUUUUUACUUCUGGUUUUUUUUUUUUUUAGUUUUGAUUCAGUUUUGGUUGAGAGAUUAAAAAAUGAGUGCGAUGGAAGAAGAUAAAAUGAUUAAGAGGAGGAUAAGGAAGAAGCAAGUUCGCCGAUCUGAUUCCACUUCGCUGCUGGAUGCCAAAAACUCGGCGAAAAGAGUCCGCGUCGUGUUCGAUGAUCCUGAAGUGACCGAAUCGAGCGAGGACGAAGCAAUCGCCCCCAAGAGGAAGAGGGCGAUUUACGAAUUCCCUGUUCCGGUGCCUUCAUCUUUCCACGCCGGCCGUCUGCUUGAGGGAGGCAGGAGGCACCGCAAUACCCCUGACAAAGUCCUGCCCAAGGCGAAGGUCAAAGCGGCAAACACUGCGUCCGCUUCCAGGUUUAAAGGCGUCAGGCAACGGCCGUGGGGGAAAUGGGCGGCGGAGAUCCGCAACCCCUGCGGCGUCAGGAUCUGGCUUGGCACCUUCGACACCGCGGAGGCUGCGGCCGCCGCAUACGCAGCCGCCGCCGUCCGCUUCAGAGCUGAAAAGGAGAGCCCCUCCGUAGCCGCCGCUUCAUCCGCCCUCCGCCUACAAUCCGAGAAGGAGAACCUGUCUGUCACCGCCUCAUCCUCUGCCUCAGUCAACGUUCCAGUCAAGGAGCCACCAUCCCCCUCCUCCGUCCUCGACGUCUCCUCCUCCAGCCACAGCACUCCGGGGAAACUCGCCGCCGAGGAGCCGGAGCAGGAGAUGUCCUUUGCGGAUCUCUUCAAAGCGUUGCCUUUGGAAGCGGAGCUCGUACUGGGCCCUGACGACCUUUUCUUCACGAACCAAAUGGACUACGAUCUUUCCUUGAACGACCUCGCCGGCAUCGAAGACAUCCACGCCACCGAUAAUGAGAUCCACAACUGGCUGGACUUCGACCUCUAACGGAGUUCAAAAAUUUUGCAGAAUAGUUCGUUGCGAUCAAGUUCUUCUGCCACAAUCGCGUAUCCCAUCACUAGUAAAUUAAAUCAUAGAUUAUCAUCUGUCAUAGAUCGGAGUUUAGUAAGUUCCAAAGCUUCAAUUUUGCUUGUGUUUGAGACUAUUUCUUGGGUUUUUCCGUAGUUGCAUGAACCGCCUUCUAAGAAAUUUAAGACCUUUUCCUUUGGCAACUAA